ACAGGUGAGACACACCUGAGCAGGUGAACGGACGGAGCAGGGACUGACGGUUCAAACAGACCGUUUGUUUUUCACCGUUUAACGUUUAAAUUAACGGCAGAAGCGGAAAACGCUUCGUCUCUUCAGCUGACCUGAACCUGUGAGAGCGGAGCGGUUGGAGUGUCAGGAGGCGGUAAGCUGCUCUUCCUCAAACACUCACACUGACUGCUGCUGAAAAUGCCUCCAUCCUCCUCUUCCUCCCCCCGGCUGCCGCUCCUCCUCCUCCUCCUCCUCCCUCUGCUUCGGCGCGGCGGCGCGGCAGAGGACGCGGACUGCAGCGGCACUUUCCGCCCCGGUCAGGAAGACUUCGUGCUGGACGCGGAGGACGCGGUGAAGGAGGGUGCGGUUCUGUUGGCCACUGCGCGCGUCCGCUCCCCGGAGGCCUGUGAGCGCGAGUGCUGCGGGAAACCGCGCUGCAAUCUGGCGUUGCUGGAGCCGCGCGGCACCGGAGCGGCGGAGGCGGCGGCGAAAGAGGAGGACAUGCGCACGUGUGUCCUGUUUAACUGCAUCCACAGAAACCGCUUCGUGUGCAGGUUCGUGAACCAGGCCGGAUACCUUAGCUACUUCAGAGAGUCCGUGUUCCUGAAACACCUGGAGGGGCCGCAGGAGCCAGGUGAACCCAUUGUGAACGCAGGUCGUGAUGUCAUCGUUCAGCCCAGAGAGACUGUGACCCUGAAUGGAACCGAGAGCCUGGCGCUGGGCGACGCCCAGAUCACAGACCACCAGUGGAGUCUGCUGAGCGGAGACCCCAGUGUCAAGAUGGAGAAGACGGAUCUACCUGACCAGGUGCGGCUCUCCAACCUGCAGCCGGGCUCGUACGUCUUCCAGCUGACCGUCACCGACUCCAACGACCUGUCAGGUGUUGCCAAGGUUACCGUCCUGGUCCUCAGCCCGGAGAUGUCCAGCUUGUACUGUCUGGCUCCGGAGAAGGUCGGUCCAUGUCGCGCCAUGUUUCCUCGCUGGCGUUACGACGCUGCGGCGGGCGUCUGUGAGCAGUUUGUGUUCGGAGGCUGUAAACCGAACCACAACAACUACCUGAGUGAGCACGAGUGUUUGACCGCCUGUGGAGGAGUCACAGCGACGGCAGAGAGGGGCGUCACUCUCCCCGCCACAGAGGUGUGUGGGUCGGUGUGUCGUCCCGAUCAGCUGACCUGCGGCAGCGGCUGUUGUCUGGAAAGAAGUCUGGAGUGUGACGGUGUGAAGCAUUGCAGCGACGGAUCAGACGAGGGGCACUGCAACAAACUGAACCAGACCUUCAGUCGCCUGCUGAGUAUCGAUGUCAACCAGACCAAAGCUCGGUGCACAGAGCCCCCCCACACCGGUCCUUGUCGGGCGAGUCACACUCGCUGGUACUACGACCCCCUGAACAGGAAGUGUCACCAUUUCACGUUCGGCGGCUGCGACGGAAACGACAACAACUUUGAGGAGGAAGACAAGUGCAGCGACACCUGCGCCGGAGUGACAGAGCGUCACGUGUUCUCCAGAGGGAUGUUUGACCGUUUUGAGAAGGAGGUGGGGGAGGAGUCUGACGACUCAGGCUCUAUAGCGUUGGCUGUGUUCCUGUCAGUGGCCAUCUUGGCUCUGUUGGCCAUCAUGACCUACUGCUUCCUGAAGGGCCGGCGGGAGCACUCCCAUAGGCCCGUCUCCACAGGCCCCGCCCAUGUGGCGCUGUCAGAGCAGGACACGCUCGUUUACAACAGCACCACCAAACCUGUAUGAUGUCAUCACCUCACCUAUGUGACAUCAUCAUCAUUCACAACAGCACCACCAAACAAUGUCAUCGCCAUGACGACCACAGACCUGUAUGACGUCAUCACUUUUGUCGCUGUGACAACCACAGACUUGUGUAAGGUCAUCACUGCGGUUGCUGUGGAGACUGGUCCCAGCUGUUUCUGUUUCUUCCUGUUUCCAGGUGUUUCCAGAUGUUGUUCCUACUUCACUGUAAUGCCCCUCCCCCUCCUGUCAAAUGUAAAGUAGAUUAUUAUCAAUCAUUUCAAUAUUGUGGAAAGUCAAUUAUUGAAUCAACAUAUUGAUUGAUUGAUUGAUGGAUUGCUUUGUAAUCAGCUGUUUUGCGUGCAAACAUAUUUCUGUUCGUUGGGUUUCUGCUCAGGUGUGUGUGUGAUAUAUUUAUGAAUUCUGUUUGUUGGGUCUCAGGUUAUGAAGUUAUAUUUGUUUUAAAGGAGCUGUAUGUAAGUUUAAGCUAAUGCUACAUAGCUAACGUUAGCAUUAGCAUUAGUAUUAUCAGCUGUUUGCUUACCAGUCUAGAAAAAACUUAAUUCCUCUGGAGACAACAGCUGAAAAAACACCAAUGAUAAGUGCUACUGAAGUUAGCAUGCUAACAGCUAGCUCUCUGAUAGCAACUCACUGACGUGUCAUUACCUGAUGCUGAAGCUGCGUCACCUGGUCGACCCUCAGCAGCAGAGGAAACUUUGAUACAGAACCUUAAAUGAUCUCAGGUGUUUCUUAUCUCAUCUUGUUUUUAUUGUGUCAUUCACCAAUAAAGCCUCAUGAAG